GCCCACUAGUGUGAGAUCUUCCCUCCACACACUACCCAUCAACCACUGUAGUCACAAGUCUGUAAGUGUCAGCACAACCAGCUUCUGUGGGAGCCUCAGUGUCCCUCAUAUAGGAUGGGCCUUCUACUACUGCUCAUCUCCACGCUCCUGUCCAGCUACUUCCACCCAGGGAGAGUGGUGAACGCACACCGAUCAUUCACGAUAAUAAACAUCACCCUGUCCAUCGAACCCAGCUCUAAUGUGAGUCGAGGCACCAAUGUGACUCUGAGAUGCCGGGCCAUCGUCAGCAGCAAGGAGCAGGUGACGCUGAGUCGUGAGUACAGUAUAUUAAAGGACAGCAGCCCAGUCCACACUGAGACCUCCAGCACCUCUGAGGAUUUUCUGUACCCACUGCCCGAUGCCAGACUCUCUCACACAGGAAAAUAUAAAUGUGCAAUCAACAUUGAGGGCAAACAGACGGUCAGCGAAGUCAAGAAACUCACAGUCACAGGACUGUCAAAACCAGUUCUCCACCUUGACAAACUUGAGGUCAGUGAAGGUGAGGAGCUAACAGCCAGGUGUACGGCGCCAGGCGAGUCAGGCUCCUUUGUCUUCUAUUUCUAUGACGGCUCCAAGGAGAUCUUAGAGAAGAAGUCUGAUUUCAACCAGGUAGAGGUCAACAUCAGCAGCAAUGGCAUCCACAAAAUUCACUGCGUCUAUUUUGUCCUCUUAAUUCCGGACCUCUUUAGAUCUGAGGAGAGCAACGUUGUCAAUGUUUCAGUCACAGAGCUUCCCAUCACAACAGUUCUGAAGAUUUCACCUCAGCAGAAGAUCUAUGAAGGAGACCAACUCUCCAUCUCGUGCACCAUCAGCGGCUUUGUGCCCUUGUCUCGAAAUUUCAGCCUGUACUUGAUCCAGGGGCAUAGGCUUCUCAACACUGGUGGCACCGAACUCAAGCACAGCAUGAUCGCACAGGCAAAGGACUCUGGGGAGUUUGAGUGCAAACUAGAGAUAGAGAUUGGAAAUAUAGUGAAAAUCACCACAGAGACAGUUACAGUGACUGAACUGUUUUCAGUACCCACUCUCACCAUGUCUCCAGCUGAAGUCUUUCAAAUGGAAAAUAUGACACUAACCUGCAAAAGUGAGCGCUAUGCCUAUGAAAUACUCAGGAAGGAAGAAUUGACUUAUACUCUUGAUCCACCCCAAAGCACACUUGCUCCAAAGGGCAAUGGUGUAUUUUCCGGCAAGGCCCUGCCGCAUGAUUUCAACUACACCUGUGCAACUCGAGCCAGGGGCAUUGUGAAACACAGCAAAACCCUGACUGUACGACCUAAAGUUUCUGUCUCCAAGCCAAAGAUCUCGGUGGUUGACAGAGCAGUACUGGGACAGGCCUUUAAAAUCCUCUGUCAGUCGGAUGGCAGCCUACCGAUAAAGUACACUCUGAUGAAGGAUAAGAUCCCAAUAGAUACAAUCACCAUUGAGUCUUCAAAUAAGCCAGCUCUCUUCACAGGCACUAUCUACAAGCCUGAAGAAAUAAACAAGUACACUUGUGAAGCAAAGAACAGUAACAAGAAUCCCCUGUAUAGUGAAAGACUCAACACUGCUGUCAUAGAACCUCUGGCAAACCCAGUUUUGACUGUCAUCCCUGAAUUAAAAGAAAUUCCAGAGGGAAACCAUCUCCACCUCAUAUGUGGUGUUCAAGGCACUCCACCAAUUACUUUUAAGUGGUACCGUGAAGGCAAUGAACACCCACUGUAUACCACCACCACCAUGACUAACAACACAUACUACGAGUUCCACUCGCUGUCGAAAGAUCACAGUGGUGGAUACUACUGCGAGGCUGUCAACCACGCCAACAAAGUUGUGCGCAGUGAACCGGUCAGAAUAAAGGUGUGCAUGGCGUUAUGGAAGAAAGCUCUGAUUGGAGGGUUCUGUCUGCUGGCCAUAGCGGUGUUGGCGGUGGUGUGUGUGCUGUGCUUCAGAUCCAAGAGAGGUAAAAGAGAAGGAGCUGCUGAAUUAUCAGUCCUUCAAGCGCUAAAUCAGAUUUAGAGUUCGAAGGGAAUCUAACCCACGACACAAAGGUUUAUAACACAGCCACAGGUAGCGUGGUUUUACUCUUCUCUUAUGUACCACCAACUGACCACCACUGACUCAUUAGUCAUCAUCUUCGUAACCAUUAGUCAUUUCUGUUGCCUCAAUAGUCAUGCCAUGUUUCCUGCUGCAGCCACAGCAAUCCAUUUUCAUCCCAUGAUGCAUGUUCUAAUAUGCAUGCAGGGCUUAUGUUGCAGUAGCAAUGUUGCUUUGUAGAAAUCAUGUUCAGGUUUAUGUGUACGCACAACAUUUAUGUUUAAGUUUAUUGUUUUCCUCUCUCUCUGACUUUUUGUGUCUCUCAUUGUGUCUAAGUUUGUAUUGCAAAAGCAAGAAAAGUAGGAUAUUGUUAAGAUAGAGUUGUAAGGAGUAUACUCGCCAAGGUACAAGCUAUGCUUAUGCAAGAUGCUGCUUAAUUAGUUCAAUCACAGGAUGUGGCAUUGAUUAUCAAUUGUUGCAAACUGCUUAGAGCGCCCAUUAUCUUCUUCCAGGCGCAGCGCCACUCUAUGAUGGCACAGAGGGGAGAGUGACCAAUGGGGUGCGAGAUAGCGUGGCGUCACUUCCCGUUGACAUCAGCAACAGGAGCAGCUACAGUAUCCCAGCAACAGUUUAGAGAUGCCCCACAUUGGGCAGGACAUUAAUUCAAUUGUGGGGGAAAAAAAAAAAAAUUCAAAGAAAGCGAAGCUCUAAGAAAGCAAGCAAGAAUGGAGAGCAGUCAUCCUGUUUGUGAUGACAAGUUUUCUAAGAUUUGGACACUUUGUUCACUGAUGAAUUUUCUCGUUGAAAAGGAGGGGCAUGUAAUGAAAAAAUAUAAACGAGGACCCACUGCUCCCUCUCCCCUCCUACUGCAAUCUAGAUGGUCUCUCAUUUUAUACAUAACAUUACUGUGUUUGUCUUUUGUUUCAUCAUCACAAGUGUCUGCCUGUGCGAUUUCAUGUCCUUUAUUGGUGCAACUGUUCUAUCUAUCUUAUGUGCAUGAUGGUUUUUGUAUGCAUUUUAUUACCAUCACAGGAAAUGUGUGUAUAUAUUUUUGGAUGAUCCCUUGACUGAUUGGAAGAGGCAUAUAGAGAAUAAAGACAUUGGUUUUAUUUAGAA